CAACAAAUGCAACACAAACAAGAACAACAGUUCAGUGAACAAAAUGUCAAAUAUCGUUGUCCAUGAAAUGGUUUUUUACCAGAUUCAUCGUAUCUGUUAAUGUUUUCAUUGUAUUUUGAUUUGUUUUUAUUUUGGGCUUUGUAUAGUUAAUGUAUGAUUACAUUGCAGAAGAUUUGUAUAGCAUAUCUUAGUGGAAAUUUUAGAUUGAUAUUUAGUUGCAAUAAACCUCCGGCCUUCCGAGUCGCUAGGAGUUGCAAGAGGUAACAGCAUCAUUUUCAUGUCAAGUCUGCCCCCUUAAAUCCAUAACAGUUUUAUAGUUCUGGUCAAGUUGGUUUGCAACUCAACAUAGACACCAGACAGGAAUCAAUUUGACAUUGGUCUUGGAGUAGCCUCUAGACAGUGGACUCCAUCAUUAGUAUUAGAAGUCAUGAGUUCUGAGGAGAAACUGGAAGACUGGAAGGAGCACACAGCCACAUGUCUCCAGUCUGGAAUUUACAAGAACUUUCUUGCCGGCUUGUACACAGAUGUUGAGAUACAGGUUGAGAAGAGGACGUUUCGAUGCCACAAAGUGAUCUUGUCUGCAUUCUCUGACUACUUUCACGCCAUGUUUUCUAGCGGUAUGAAAGAAAGCCAGAACAAUAUUGUCUGCAUCAAGGAUAUCAGUUCUUCAAUCUUUGAGCACGUUUUGUCCUUCGCCUAUUCAGGAGAAGAUUGUGUGACCAUUGACAAUGCCGAGGAUCUGCUGCGGGCAUCAGUUCUACUGCAGAUCAGCUGUCUUCAGUCACGAUGUGAGAGCUUUCUCCUGGAGCAAACCACAGCGGAGAACUGUAUAGGAAUAUGGAGGCUGGCACAGAGUCUGAGCUGUGAGCAGCUUAAGGAAACCAGCUGGGAAUUCAUACUGAAAGAGUUCGAAGUCAUCUCUCAGCUCGACGAAUUCCUGGCCUUGGAAAAAGACGAACUCGUGUCCAUUGUCAGUAACGAUAAUCUGUUGGUCACUAAUGAAGAGAAUGUGUGCACUGCCGUGUUUCGUUGGCUGGAGAAGGGUGAUGACAGAAUCGUCUUUCUUCCUGAUGUUUUCAAACCAUUGCGACUACAACAGGUCAGUCUACAGUUCCUCCUAGAAAAGGUAGACUUUAACCCAGCAGUUCGCAACGAUGCCACGUGCACACGCCUUGUGAAGCAAGCUUUGGACUACCAUCUCUAUCCAGAGAGACGAGAGAUGUACAACAUACCAUUGAGGGCUGGUAACAAAGUAGAGGUGAUUGUAUUAAUAGGCAAGACACCCCAGGGUAGAGAACAAAAGCUGGUAGAGAUGUACUGUUACAGUCCAGUGGAUCGUCGUUGGUUUACCAUGCCUCCAUUACCUAGCAACAUCGGCAGGUACUUUGCCUGCUGUGUCUAUGGUGACUAUAUUUACGUAUCUGGCGGAACUGAGCGACCUAUCGCCUGCUUGAAGCUGCACAUUGGUAGACGAGACUGGAUUCACUGCAGAUCGAUGAACUUUGGUCGACUUAGGCACGCGAUGGUUGCCGAGCGCAACUCCAUAUACGUCGUUGGUGGGUUUGACCCUAUCACAGAUGUGACCUACUACAGUAUCGAGAAGUAUGACAUCGCUCAGGAGACCUGGAAAGAAGUGGGUGAACUAGCCUGCGCUGUGGACGCCCUCUCAGCUGCAGCUUACAAGGGAAAGAUUUACGUGUUUGGGGGAUGGCUGAAAGACUGUGAUCACGCUGCCUCUGUGCAGUGUUUUGAUACAGCAACAGGCGAGUGCACAAUCAUUGACUGCCUUCCCGAUCCAGCCAAGUUCUCGCGCUGCGUUCAAAGCCUCGAUGGCAGUGUGUAUAUCAUGUAUCCAACCGGGGAAGUGGUCCGGUACAAAACUGAAACCACUGAGGCGGAGAAAUUUGCGAAAAUCUCUGGGUUCAAGCGCUACAAUUUUGGUCUGACACUUUUUCAUGACAAGUUGUUUGCCUUUGGUGGGGAGAGUGAUGAUCCGACAGUUGAAGAAGGGACAGAACUCUGCAGGAAUUUAUUCGAGUUGGACUUGACGACUCGAACCUCUAAAAUGUACUCUGAUCUGAUGCCGAAUCCGUUCGAGUCGUAUGGUUCAGUGAGAGUGGUCAUGAAUAGAGAGUUUCUGAUUGCGUAUAAGAAAGAUGGUGGACCAAAACAAUGAGGACCUGUUGUAAUAUUGCUUAAAAAGCAUUUGUUUUAGAAAAUCUACUUGAUCUUUUUGGUAACUUUUCCUAUAAAGUAUUGUGUUUGCUGUACAAGUAACAGAUACUGGAUCCAAGUAAUCAAUCAUAAAUCAUAAUCAUUCUUUUAUGAAAUCAUUGCUUAAUUCAAUAAUUUUAAUAUAAAAUUAGUAUUUCAGGGAAUAAUUUCAAACAAUAUCAGGUGUCAUCAAGUAUUUAAUUACUAGCUUUACUUUUUGUUUACCUGCAGUUUAGUUAAUUUAUGUGGGAUGCAUCUAUAUUUUUGAAAAGUCACUGAGUAAAACACUAUUUAGCAAUAAGUGCUGUUAGGAUUAAAGUAGUGAAUAUUAUUUUCAAAUUAAAUUAUUUGUAUUUGUUUAACUCUUUGUAGCCUUUCAUAUAUUUUUUAGAAAAAAAACCUGUAAUAACGCUUUAAAAAAAAGUUAUAUGUUGGUAAAAUGAAAAAUGAUAGGAUUAAAAAAAAAGUUGGCAGAAUACAGCAAGCAGAUUUGUUGACAUGUUAUUAUGUAUGAAGCGUGGUAUUCUGUUUAUAAUAUUUUUGUUUCAUAUAAAUAGAUUCAUAAUAAUAAAUUUUAUUAUAGAUGUUAUACCUUACAAGAAUUUGUACAUGAGUUUAUAGGACUAGCUGUUGUUAAAAUUUUUGUUUUAUAUUUAUAUUGCACCAUAUACAUGUAUUUAACACUAUGUUAUUUAUAUUUCUUAGUACUGUCAUAUGCAUAGUGUUUUUUCCAGGCCGUUUUAGCGUGGCGCUGCGCCAUGCCCUUUCUAGUAGCGCCACGCUGUCCCUUUCAAAACCAUUUAGCGCCACGCUGCCCUUUCCAAAGGCCGCCGCCCUGCCCUUUCAUGAGCACCCGUUAUUUUCCGUCCUCUAUUGUUACGGUAUGCUUGUGCAAGAUUUAAUUGAUUUAAGCCACCACGUGCACUUAUUGAUAACAUCUGUAUUGCCCCUUGACCGACUUUCUAAGCCGACUGUAUCUGAGUAUGGCCCUAAGGCAGCAAAGAUUCGCGUGGUUGUGAAUUAGUCAUGCGUGAAUAACCCCGUGUUAAUAUCAAUCAAUAAUGUCAGUGUCUGUUAUAAGUUAUAACAAUCACACUCAUCGGUCCGUAAUGUGUACUCCUCCACGAUGGACACUUAUUUCGGAGACUUAUGAUGAAAACCUCAAUGCUAUCCUCGUGGAAAUUAUGUACUUGAUGCAUUUUUCAUUUUUAGAAACUUUUAUUUUUAAGCGUAAGUAAAUUAAAAAAAACACACACAAGUUGUAUCUUUAUCGUCCUUAAGAUAAUUAAUUAUUGAAACAAUCAUUGUAAUGAAUACCUAUUUAACAAAAUGCAAAUCGUGUAUUAUGCUGACAUAUUAUACGAUUUUGCGUUGCUAUGCGCACAUGUUGCUUACAUGUAUAUCAUUUUAACAAGAUGGCAGGCUAUACAGAAAAUAAAUUGUGACUCGGCAAAAAUGGCAAAAAAACGAUCGAAUUAACAAUGGAGAUCAUACAUUAAGAAGGUAUUAUUGAAAUGCCUGUGAUUAUCAACGAUGCGUUAUGUUUAGAUAACAACAACAUAUUCAUUAGUAAUUUACUCUGUGGAUGUCACAGAAACGAGUGUUUGCAAAUUGUUACUGGCAAAGUUAAAUCAUCUGACAAGAUUAUCGUCAAAAAAUGGGAUAAGAUGUUAAGAUAAGACAAACAUGGUUUCACUUAUACGUUAGUGGAUCUGUGUAUUAUCAGAUUCAUAUGCAUAUAUUGCUUUAUAAUGUUUGUUGUGCUGUACAAUUUACUGAAAAAGCAUGUAGCUUAAAUGGACAUUGCAAGGUUAAUAUAUCAAUAUUAAAUAAAGUAAGUUAAAUAUAUAAAUUACCAUUACAUGUGCUUGUUUAUAAUUUGGAGUUUUUCCUACAACUGACCCUGAUUAAAUAUUUCUUCCAAAACCAGGUAUUAAUGGAACAAUUUUGCCCCUUUUUGCCUGAACUGUGCGUUAAAAUUCCCUUUUUGAAAGUAAUGCGCCAUGCCCCUUUGCCCUCCUGGAAAAAACACUAAUGCAUAUUUGUUUGAGUUGUGCGAGUCAUUUUCCUAUAUCUGUAUAAACAAAUAAGAAAUAUAGUAAUAUAAGCAUUCAUUGCUAAAUUAUUUAAAAAUAGUCUGUCCUUUCGGCAUUCCCUUUUUGGAGGUUUUUUAUGCAACGCUUUAUGAUUUUGCAUGCUUUAUUUAUGUACAGAAAGUUACUACAGGGCUCUUUUGUGACCAACGGGUGCAAAGAUGAUCUUGUAUGAACCUGUUAUAAGUUGCAAUCAAAUAAAAAUCUGCAAACUA